GGAUCCGCCACCCCGUCCGCCGCUGGCCUUUUGCAAGCGCCGGCUGAGCUGGCCCGAAGUGGACCCGCGCUCCAAUUCCGGGGUUCAGGAAACGGAUGGCUCGUAUUUUGAGAACUUUACAUCGCUCGGCUGGAAGCGGGAGAACCGUCGCAUGUCGGCCACGCGUGCCGCCGAAGCACGUGCCGAGGCUAAUCCCGAGAACGAACGUGAUCCGCCAGCGCCCCAGGAGGAGUCCAUUGACCGCCAGGAUGAGAAGGAGAAGCUGUAUGCUGAGGUGCUGCAUACCAUUGCCAAUACGGUGGGCGCCCCAGCGCCCGGCGGCCAGUUUGCGCAUUACAAGGACGAAAUGUAUCUGCACGCACAGCGCGCCUUCGGUGUCAAUCCGGAUCGUCAUUAUCGCCUGCUGCACGCCUCCGCCGAGGAUAAACCAAAGAUAAUCGUACUCUCUGCGGUGGUAAUCGAGGCUGAUGGCCUCGAGGCGAAGGAUGCCAAUGGUUUCUCGGAUCCGUAUUGCAUGCUGGGCAUCCAGCCGGACGGAGACGCUUGUCCGCCCGUGUCGCCGCUGCCGCUGCCGCCGACGCCUCGAGCCCUGUCCGCGGACAUGAGCGGUGGCUUCGAUAACAGCGCCACGGACUCGCCGCCGCAUCGCAAGCACAGCUUCCGGCUGAGCUUCAAGCGGCGGGAGGCGGGUCGACGGGAGCAGCGCGACUCACUGGGCGGCCCGGUGCCGGCCAAGCUCAUCAAGGCGACCAGCAUUAAGCCCCAUACACUGACCCCCAAGUGGAAUGAGAAGUUCAAGUUCGACAUAGACGACAUCAACACGGACACGUUUCACCUGGACAUUUGGGACCACGACGAUGAAAGCUGCGUCCUAGACGCUGUCUCGCGACUGAACGAGGUCCGCGGAGUCCGCGGCCUGGGACGCUUCUUCAAACAGGUGUGCCAGUCUGCUCGACAGGGCUCCCAGGACGACUUCCUCGGCUCGGUGAACAUACCCCUUUCGGACAUCCCCUCGACCGGACUGGAUGCUUGGUUUAAGCUCGAGGCACGUAGUCAUCGGAGCACUGUCCAGGGACGAAUCCGGCUCAAGUUGUGGCUGUCAACGCGCGAGGAUCGGAGCACGGUGGGCGAGGAGAACCAUGAGCAGCAGCUGCACAAGAUAGAGCAACUGCAAAUGGUCUUCAUGCAGCAUGAGGUGACCACACAUGAGCCUUCGUGGACCUGGUGCGGCGAUCUGCCAGGACCGGCGUUGACCAUCCUUCAUCAGUUAGCCGUGCAGGCAGAUCUAUCUGACUUGCAUUGCGCCAUGGCCAGAUAUGUGGCUGCUGCCAAGCUAAAUCGCUCCACCCCACUGGAUCCGAAGUUCCUUCAUCGUCUGCUGAGCGACGUGGAGAAGCAGUGGAAUCAGCCUAAUCAGGAGCCACUUAGUCGUGAUCUGGAACAGUGGCUAGCGGAUGCCAUGAAUGGAUUUGUGGAGCGUUCUCUCAAUCAGAUACGGCGGCAUAGGGACAUCUUUCCAGCGCUAAAUCCGCCUUCACUGAUUCGCUUGGAGUUCCUGCUGCGUUGCCUGGGACUUCUUGGCUCCAUGAGGGCAUUCCGGGCCGUGUGUCCUUUCAACAAGGGUGUGCGCGGUGAGGUGGUCAACGCCCUGCGCAAAGGAUCCGUGAUGUGGGGCCAGGCCGUGCUCCGGGAGUCGCAGGGUAUGCCCAAUCCAUUAUCGAACUUCGUAACGACAUUAACGGCCGACAUUCAGCUGGGGCAGACCUAUUAUCAUGCCCUUUUCGACAACACGAACGGCAUCCAGUACUUCAGCAUCAUUUACAAACAGUACGAUGCAAUGGUGGGCGAGGAGGUGUACACCCGGAUGGCCGCUGGCCAGGUGCCCGGAGUCCGAAUGAAUCUCUCCCAGUAUGCCGUGCUCGAGGGUGAUGUCGAACCGGUAGACACAAAGCCCUUUGAAUUGUUCCUGGCCCUUCAGGAGUUCUGCCAGCUGAAGCGUCACCUCUCGACGCAGCCACAGCCGCCGGAGAAGCCUCUAGCGCUGAGUCAGAGCCACGAGUUUAUCCCCACUCUGGAGCGUUGGAUGAUGGUGAGCAAGGCCAAGGCGCUGCAAAGGAUUAGGGCGGCCAUCCGCAUGGAUGCCAUCUGUGAAGGAGAGCGCAUUGUGCGCUACAAGUCCUCGGUGGACACUGCCAGCACACUGCUAAAUAUUAAGGAGUUCUGGAAGGUGAUGAACUGGCCGGACGAGGACACGGCCAUCAUGUUGGAAUCCCAGCUAAUUGAUGUGGUUUGCUCGGCGGCGAUGCACUACUGCGAUCUGAUACACACCCUGGCGGACAGUGGUUACUACGAGCAGCAGGGUCCAUUCCGCUGCUCCGAUGACAUGUGUGUCACUGUCAAUAAUGUGGAGUAUGUGCGUCGCACUCUGGCAGAGUUCCGGUCGGAUGAACAGCCACUGGAGGAAUCGGCAGACAACCUCUUAGAGUCUAGUCUUACCCACAUGGAGAAUAACGAACGGAUCCUGUCCAAGCUGGCUCCCCUCAUGCAGAUGUCACUGCAAACCAUGUUCCAUUUGGCCUGGUCCCCGGACUCCUUACCGGCCAACCGCAUUGUUCCGCUCCUGGAGUACCUGGACUGCCACCUGGCGGCGCUGAAUAGCGCCCUGCUCACCAAGAACUUCAAUCGAUCUCUGCGUUUCAUCUGGAAAACGGUGCUGGGCGAGAUGUCACGUCAAAUGGAGACGGGCGAUGAGACGGACAAGCCCACGCAUUUCCACAAGCGUUUGUACGAGGCACUCCAGCUGCUCAUCGACUUCUUCCAUGCCGAGGGCCAGGGCCUGCUCCUUGAGUGCCUGCACACGGAGGAUUUCUGGCGAUAGACAGAGGCUACAGUUCCACAAAACGACACGGAUCGGCUUAUAGAUAUGUUCUAUAUGAACGCUGAGGGAGCAGUGAUGGCGGUGACUCCCUCGCCUUAUGGAUCGCUGGCAGUGCGGGCCUACUUCAAUCAUGACUCGCUCUGUGUGGAGGUGCUGCAUGCCCGGGAUGUGGUGCCCCUGGAUCCGAAUGGCUUCAGUGAUCCCUUUGUGGUUAUUGAGUUGCUGCCACGAAGGAUAUUCCUGCAUUGCAUGGAACAGCAGACGAAUGUGCAUAAGCGCACUCUGAACCCCAUAUUCGAUGAGUGCUUUGAGUUCUCUGUAACCCUGGAGCAGUGCCUCACCGAGGGCGCCAUGAUAUGUUUCACAGUGAUGGACCACGAUGUCCUGACGGCCAAUGAUUUCGGUGGCGCCUAUCUGGCCCUGGGCAACAUACCCGGAGUGGCGGACUACAGCACCAGUGUGGACAACUUCCAUGGGUUGAAACAAAUCGAGCUGCCACUCAUGGAGCAAAAGGAUAAAUGUAAUCCCAUUUUGCAAAUCCUCGAGGGAAUCAACGACAAGCAGGCCCAGGACUUUGUGCGCAAGCAGAAAGCGCGCUUCAUCAAUUGAUUCUUGGAUGGAUUGAGACUAAGACAGGAUAACCGAACGAACCGUUUGUAAAACGUUUCCAGCACAGCAGAGCAAUGUAAUUGCAUCGACGACGAUAACUUAACCGAAGCUAAACUGUAGCCAGUAUCCUUCAAUCCAGCAUUGUAUGUAUUGUACCUACUCUAGUUGUUCGACAAAGACUCCUCCUUCUCUUCAGUUUGUAAAUGUUAGCGAUGAAUCGAAAUUCAAAUGGUGCAAAAGUGACGAGCAACAAGACGGGGGUUUGCUCCCCGAUCCCCCGCUGCUUAAACAAAAUUAUGGAUAAAAGUUGUGGAUUAAAAUAAAAACACUUGACACAGACAGACACAAAAUUAGGGACUUAGUAGAAGCCUAGCAUUGCUGAAAUUGCCACAAAUUGGCAGCAGAAAUCAAUAAAAUCUCAUAAAGACACACAGUACUUGAACUACCAGAUGCGUUUUGAAGACUUUUACCCGGCCAACGCAUGAAUACAACAUAUACACACAUUUUUGGGUCAAUUUAAACUAUACGAAUAUACAUAAAUAUAUAUCAGCAAAGCAACAUCGUGUAUACUUAACAGAUACAAGUGACAAUUCAGCACCUUUUCUAUACGCCAGUGAAAGCCAAGAAACAAUCAAAAUUUGCGUAACUCCGAGCUUCUUUGAAAUCCCCC